AUCACAGAAUUGAUAAGUUAAAACUUAGACACAAGGUUUUUUUAUGAUUGAAUUUGUUUCCCUUUUUGUUGUUGUCAUUUUGUUGUUGGUGAUGUUGCAUCGGUGAAUUUUGUCACAAGAUGAAAAAGGCGUUGAAACGUCUUAUUGUUGGUGUGGUGGCGCUAGUUUUGAUUAUUUGUAUCUGGCAGCAUCAUCAAACGGUCAAAAUAUCAUCCAAAUAUCUCCUAAAUAUUACAAAUUUUCGCUAUAUUAUUGAUCAGAAAUCGUGUCAAAGACUCAAAAUCCAUCCAUUGGCACUUAUUGUUGUCCAUUCGGCACCGGGAAAUGCCCAAAAGAGACGUGUUAUCCGUGAAACUUGGGGAUCUUUUACUGGUGAUACGAUGAGGGUUAUUUUUCUCCUUGGUACUACACAUCCCACUCAACAGAUGGCACUGCAGGAUGAAGCAAGAUUGCACGGGGAUUUGUUGCAAGGAAACUUUAUCGAUGACUAUAGAAAUCUCACUUAUAAGCACACAAUGGGUCUCCUUUGGAGUUCACGGGAAUGUCCAGAAGCGGAAUUUGUCAUUAAGGUAGAUGAUGAUGUAUUUGUCAACAGUCCGGCUCUACUGGGAUUUUUAGCUGGGACACCAAUUAGAGAUAUUCAAUGUACACACCUAUUGAGUAAUCCUGUUAUACGAAAUGUCAAUUCACCUUGGUACGUCAGUCCAGAGGAAUUCGCCAAUGCCACUUAUCCACGAUAUUGUUCAGGAUGUGGCAUAAUCUAUCCCAGAAAUGUCAUUGGUAGCCUUCUGCGUGCUGUCAAUCGAUUAAAAUUCUUCUGGAUUGAUGAUGUAUUUGUGAGUGGAAUUGCACGUGAGAUGGCAGGUGUUGCUAUCAAUGAAAUUGACAAUAAAGUACUGCAGACGCCUCUAGCGGAAGAAAUUGCAAGUGGAAAUGCCAAUGAUAGUCUACUCGAUCAAUUUCUCUAUUCAAAUGAAGUGGCCGAACGUGUUUUGAGGACUCUCUGGCAUAAAAGUCAAUUGAGAACUCUCAAUUAAUUAGAAAGCUACGUAAGAAAAAUGUUACAGUUCAGCGUUCAUGGUGGACACUAGUGGAACUAAUAGCUAAAUUUUUAGCUGCCACUACCCAGCGAGCACCAAAUGCUAAGCGAUUUCAAUUCAGCUGAAAAAAUAUAGAUUUACAGCUGAGUUCUGCUAACCUUGAAGUGCAUAGUAAAAAUUGUGUAAAAUUUUACUACCAUUAUAGAGUUAAAUUGACCAUUUUAAUUAUUUAAUUUUAAAAAUGUUUAAAAAAUACAAAACAUUCUGGUAAUUUA